AUGUGUCGUCCACUCUGUGCACUGUGCCUGCUCGUGUGCCUCGCCAGCGCCCAGCCGGGCCAAGACAGCUGCAGCCAGGACUCCGGCACUUUGCUCUGUCGCGGCGAGCGGGCCGUGCGGAAUGUGCUGCGCAAUCUGAGCAAGAGCGACCAGCCGCUGGUAAUAAUGCGUGGCCUGGAGCUAGUUCCGGUGCCUAACAACGAGGUGGAGACGCCGCCAACUGCUGCCGCGGAUAUGGAUGCCACACUCCUGGACAGCGUGUCCGCGUACUUGCGCACGCACGAGCUCAACCUAAAGCUGGGCGACCUGCUGGACGAGCCAAGCGGCGGCGGCCAAGUGGCAGAGGCACGCAAGAAGGACAAAGGACAGGGCCUGCUGCUGGCCAUGGCGCUGAUGUUUGGCAAAAUGAUGGCCGUGCUGGGCCUGGGCGGCAUUGGCGCCUUGGCCAUGAAGGCGCUGGGCGUGGCCAUGGUGGCGCUCAUGAUGGCCGGCAUGCUGGGCCUGAAAUCGGCCGCCCAGCAGGGACAGGAGUCCAGCCACAGCAUCUCAUAUGUCACCGGCGAGGGACAUCAUCACAAGAGGCGCCGCCGUGAGGCAGGCAACACGCUUGCCUACAGGGCCUGGCAGCGCUGA